AUGAAUCAUUAUAAGAGCACCGAAAGUGAUUGGGACAGUGAUUGUGAUAGCAGUGAUUGUGAUAACAGUGAUUGUGAUAACAGUGAUUGUGAUAACAGUGCAAAGAAGCGUAAAACGCAGCACUUGGACGAAAGUGAUUGGGACAGUGAUAGUGAGAAUAGUGCAAAAAAGAGCAAAACGCAGGACAUUGUUGAAUAUGCAAGAGAAUCCCAUAGCAGCGAAAGUGACUGGGACAGUGAUUGUGAUAGUGAUAACAGUGCGAAAAGACUUAAAACGCAGCCCAAUGAACCCAAGGAAUUGUUGACGGAUGAUACAGGACAUAUAAAAUGGUAUACUGGCCAGCAGAUCGGUGAUUAUAUAGUUGAAACCGAGCUUGGCGAAGGAACAUUCGGACGGGUUAUGAAAGUGCGAGACAUAAAUACGGGCCAAGCUGCUGCAUUAAAAGUGGUUAAAAACCAGCCAGGUCAAAGAAAAUCAGUGAUGGAUGAAGUGAUCGCUCUGAAGGUGAUUGGAUCAAGGGACGACAUGAAAAGCUGCUUAUGCGUACACAUGAUCAGCUGGUUUUCCUGUGGCGGACAUAUAUGCAUAGCGUUUCCGCUAUUGGGCUCCAGUGUCUACGAUUUCAUGAAGGACAACCACUUUCAACCGUUUUUGCUUGACGAGGUCCAACACAUCGGUCACCAGCUAUGUGCAGCGGUUUCAUUUCUACAUGAAAACCACAUCACUCACACCGAUCUGAAGACAGAAAACAUUCUCUUCGUGAAUUCAAGCUACACAACUGUCUACUGUGAAGAAAGGAACUUGGAAUUGAAACGUCUACGAUCUACAAAUAUUCGUCUCGGUGACUUCGGAAAUGUAGUCCGUGAUGGCGAAUAUCACCCGGAAAUAAUAGGAACGAGAUAUUACCGAUCCCCAGAGGUGAUAUUAAGACUGGACUGGAAUGACACUUGCGACGUCUGGGCACUUGGAUGCAUAUUGUUCGAGCUGUAUUCUGGAAAGCUGCUUUUCCCAACUGAAUAUGACUAUGAGCAUUUGGCGCUGAUGGAAGCAAUAAUCGGGAAAAUUCCAGAAGAAAUGACAAAUGCAUCGAACACAACGUAUUUCAAAAACGGAAAUUUGGAUUUUAAUUGGAGCAACGCCGAAGAACAUGCACAGUAUAAUCGACGACCUUUGGAAGACUUUCGAAUGGACGACAGCCAAUACCUUGAUGAUCUAUUUUAUGCCAUGGAAAGAAUGCUGCAACACGAGCCCACACGACGCAUUAGUUCAACUGAAGCUCUUACUUUGCCGCUUUGGAAUGAUCUACAUUAA